UUUUCUUCAACACUGAUAUUGUAGUGUCUAAAACAUAACAGAGACAUACAUUAAUAACUUUUAAAAUUGUUAAAAUGUUUAAUGAAAUAUUGUAUAAUUUUUGUCUAUCGAAUAGUUAGGCUAUAUGAAGUGAUAAAUCAGCAAUUUGUGUAACCAAAAAUCUGGUAUAUUGUUAUGUUAUUAGUAUUUAUGUAGUGCACGAAAUUAAUGUCAACAUUUGGUAAACAUUAUAUACAAUUGUUAAAAGCCAUAGUCGUACGGUAAAGCAUACUUUUUACUGUUUCGUAUAAUUUGUUUGGAUUUAAUAUUACCCAAAUUAUUCUUGGCAGGGCUAAUUCCUAUGCAUAUGAAAGAUUGUGGUUAGUAACUGAAAAUAAUGUUUAACAAUUAACUUUUGGAAUCAAAGAAUUUGCUACAAAAUGUCAUCGAUGCAUAUAUUUGCAUAUUUUGUUAUAAAUGCAUAAAUUGCAUAUACCUACAUAGAUCUUAUUUUCAGGAUGUGCCAAUUAUAAAAUAUUAAUUUUUACUAUCUUUUCGGAAAAAAAUUUAAUAAAAACCGUAAAAUGGAUUUAAGCAAAACAACAUUACAGGAUAUAGACAACAGGAAAUCUGAAGAAUUGUUAAGUGAAAAUCAGGACCUUGACAAAUUUUUUAUUAACAAUUCCAGUUGUAACCCAAUCAGCCAUGAAUCAAUAAAAGAACCUCGUGGCACCUACGAUUUAGGUAAUGAUUUCAAACCUGAAUCAUAUUAUGAUCAAAAGGAGUCAUGUAAUGAAACACAAGUCGCAAUAAAUUUAAAAUAUAAACAAUUGGAACACAGCGAAAUGCAGAAUCGUUAUACCACUCCAGUAACUGAUAUCGAUGUGUCAUCAACUAUGAAUGAUUUAAGUAACUUGGAAACAAAUAAUGUAAAUAAUGUUAAAUAUGGAUUUCCAAACAUAACAAAUAACGAGUUUAAACUUGAAGCAAGCAAAAGCUUAAAUUCAAAUAUUAGCGACAUGAAAACAGUUGAUGAACAAUUAAAUAAUAAUAAAUUAACAAAUACCGAUGUACAUAAAAUAAAUAAAAAUGUUGAAACUCAGAAGGGGACUCAACAAGAACUUAAAAAGGACAAAGUGGUAGGAGAUGGAGAAACGAUUGAAAAAAUUGCGGAAAUGAUUUCAAUAAGUAACAAAAAUACGAAUGAAAAUAAUCUUAAAUCAAUAAAAAAACUUCAAAUUUUAAUGUCUCGAAACUGUAUGGAGAAACAUUGGAAUAAAUGUGCUGAAAAAUCUACAAGUAAUUAUCAUAUUGAAAAAGAUAAUAACCCAAUAAAAUUGAGCGAAGAUGUUACCGAUAUUGGCAAAAACCAAUCUUUAACUAAUUUAAUAAACAAAAAAAUGGAAUGUGUAACAGAUUUGCAAAAUACAUCUGAUCUUCAAAAUGAUAUGGAAAUCAGUGAAAAUAAUGAGCAAUCAGAAGAAAAUUGUUUAGCGAAAAGCCGAUUUGAAGAGAUUGAAGAUAAAUUAGAAGAAAUGUUUGCUGGGAUAGAAGACGAACAAUUAUUAAAUACAACAGCCGAUGAUACACAUAUGUCUAGAAAAAACAUUCAAGACUCUGCAGAAAAAUGUAUCAAGGAUAAUUGUCAUGAUAAUGUAAAUACUGGAAAGGAAGUUCUCGUGGAUAACACUUUUAUAUAUGAAACGUUUACACAAAAUAAAACGAAAGGUGCUAAAAAGUCCUCAACUUCAUUACCUAAUAUUGAGAAUAAUAAACACGACAUUUCUCUAUUAUCAGAUCAAACGGAUUCAAAAAUUCCGAAAUCUUUACUAUAUUUAAAAACAAUGCCACCACGUAGAAGACUUUCGAUUGCAAUGAAUUCAGAUUUAUUAAAAUUGUCGAUGACAGCCACUGAUGAGAUAAAUAAAGAUAAGGCUAUCAAUAAUAAUUUCAUUAGAAAAAAUGAUAUGGCAUCCAACCUAAUUGAGUCACAAACUCAUAAGGAAGUAAAAAAUUUGAGAAAACAUGUUGGUAAAAAUAAAAACAAUCAAAAAAAUGGUUCCAAAUAUAAAAAAGAAAUUACUUAUCUUAAAUCCAAUAACAAAAAAAAACCUGAAGUUUCAAAUAAAGCAAAACAGAGUCGGCAAAAAAUAAAACAACGACGUAUGCAACGUUUAUUAUCUUCUGAAAACGACAAUGUCACUGAAGAAAGAACUCUGCAAACUAAAGAUAUUGAUUCUAAACAUCGCUCUCCAUUUAUUUUAGUAAAAAAUAACGGCAGUAUUGCAGUUGUUAACACUGUGACAGCUGAUGAUUCUAGUGAAAAAUGGACUAGAUCAAAAAAAAACUGCAAUUAUGUAUACGAACGAAAAACAGUUAAAGGAUGCCAUUCAUCCACAUUGAGUAAUAGGUAUGAUGCAGACACAGCCGAUUCAUCUUGGAUAUGUGUAUUUUGUAAAAUUGGACCACAUAAGAAAGGUUUGGGAGAUUUAUUUGGCCCCUACAUAAUAUCAAGUGAUUGUGAUGAAUAUCGAUGUUAUAAAAAUUCAACAGAAGAACUAAAUAAUCAACAACAUAUAAACUUUUCAAAAAAUUCGAUCACAUAUAAUAAUGAAAUGUUAAUACCUAAUGAUCGACACAUUUACGGAUUUAACCAAGAAGACACAACAAGCAGUUCUAAGUUGGGAAUGUCCCAAAUUUCAGAUAACUGUUUUGAGAUUUGGAUUCACGAAGAAUGUGCUAUUUGGUCGCCAAAUAUAUUUGUGGUCGGUUCACGACUAGCUGGUUUGGAAGAUGCCACGUGGAGCAGUAUGCGAUACCAAUGCGCAUACUGUUUAAAACAAGGUGCUCUACUUUGCUGUUUGCAACGUGAUUGCAAAAUUACAUCACAUAUACCUUGUGCGCGUGAAUUCAACUGGAUCUUGGAUGAAUCAAGGUUUUGGACAUAUUGUAGUAAACAUGUCAUAAAUAAAUUUAACAACUAAAAAUAAAUGUAACUAUCUAAUAAAGAUCUACUGAUAACCCAAAA